UGACAUCUCCUACAUAUACUCCACCGCUCUCCAACAUUGCCGCAUAGACUCAAUGGAAGUCUUGAAUUUUGCCAGCCCAAUCCUUCAAGUUAAAGUCGGCCAAGGCGGCGACGAACAAACCUUUUGGGUCCACCAGAAUAUCCUGGCGUCGCGAUCGGAAUUUUUCAAGCGAGCCACCAAUGGAAAAUGGCUGGAAUCCGACGAACGCCUCGUUACAUUGCCAGAAGACAAACCAGAUAUCUUUAGUCUGUACCUUAAUCAUCUGUACACCAAGCGAAUACCGACGAAGGAUUUCAGAAUACUAUGUCAAACCUACGUCCUCGCCGAAGUACUACAAGAUAUUCAAGCGAAGAAUUGCGUCAUUGACGCACUGUAUGCCCGUUUGGAAGAGAAUAAACCAGAGAGGCCUCGAUUAGGCGUAAAGUCGGUUACAGAGCUCUAUAGCGGUACUCCAGCUGGGAGUAAGGCUCGGAAAUUCAUUGUGGACUACUUUGCCGACGAAGGUCACGAGAGCUGGCUGCAGAAGGACGAGUCAAUGUAUCCAACGGAUUUCCUGGUAGACCUUGCGUCCAGCUUAUUCAGGAAGUGUCCUCUGGCGGGGUGGAAGCACGUACCAACGCUGCUUCAACCAGCAUCACACUAUCAUGAAGUCAUUCCUUCAGUUCCAAGUACGACGGAAGCGACUCCCAAGACGACAUAAGGCAGGAAGGAUAAUGCGUCAUGGGAAAUUUGAUGCGCGACCACCAUGCGGGAUAAGUCGUGAUAGGGAAAUUGCUCUGCUCGGGCAACUCAUACUCCGCGCUAUUUGGAGUCGCCUGACUCUGUAUAUCCGUUUGUGAUGGUCUUAGUCCGUUUUGAGGCACUUUUGUAUAAUGGACUGUAUGCUAUAGCAGUAGGGCUACUAAAUACAUGAUCCCUACAAUGUUUACCUCUAAGUGUGUUAGAAGGGCGACCGAUCGCAUCUGCAAAGAACGGCACGCUCACCCGGCAACUUUUACAUUCGCGCGCCCUCAAGAUCCUCAAUCUUUGAGUGAGAACACUAAUCAAGCG